AUGCAGAAUUCUCUACAAUUUUAUGCUGAACAUAAAUCUCAUCCAAUAGAAGAUGGUUUUCAUUCAAAUGCACUAUAUACAUUGAAUGACAAUGAUACUUUUGGACUAUUUUCGUCCACUUCAAUGAGUACAAAUCAAACAUCGGCAAUAUCUUCACCAACAUCAUCAGGUAUGGCUCGAUCAAACAAACAUAAAGCAACGACUGAUACUGAUGUAAGUUAUUUAUCGACAUCAAUUUGUAGUCAUAACAGUAAUUAUUCUGAUGCAUUAUAUUCAACACUUCCUCGUCAAUCAACUGAUUUUUCUCGAACUUUAUCAUCUAGUAGACGUGAUAAAAUAACAACAGCAUCAGUUUUGACAAUAUUAGCUGAAGAACGAAACUCGGAUGAUCUUGCACAUAAGCGUGAAGACCAUAGAAAAGUUGAAGAAAAGCGACGAGCAAUAGAAAAAAAACUUUUUAGAGAAUUAUUAAUGUUAAUGACAAAUCGAAGUGAUUCAAAGUCAAAAAAACUUCGCCAUAUUGAUGUACUUGAAAAAGCUGUUCAUAAAAUAUCUAAAAUAAAUUUGCGACAUAAAAAUGAUCCAUUACGUCCAUCAAAUUUAACUGAUAAUGAAUUAAACUUUUUAAAAAUUGAAGCAAGUAAUUCAUUCUUAUUUGUAACUACUAUUGAGCCAACAUCAUUUCGUGUAAUUUAUGUCACUGAUACAAUAAAUCGUGUAUUAAAUGUUACACCUGAUCAAUGGCUUGAACAAGAUUUUCUAUCAUUUAUACAUCCUGUGGAUUUCAUACGUUUUGAAAAUCAACUGAUGUCAUUAAAUCAACGUAUUGGAAUGUCAAUUCAUCUUGAAUGCCGAUUAAAACAAGGUAAUAAUGAUAUGCAUACAUCUGUUAUUAUUGAUGGUAUGACGAAAAUAAUUGAUGAUUCAUUAAAACCUGUACAAACAAAUAUAUCAGGUUUUCUUGCUUUUGUUGGUAUAUGUCAUUUACCAUUAAUAACACAAUACAAGCAAACAAAUAUGUGUCGGUAUAAAGAUCCUCAAUCGUACACAUUUCGUUGUCGUUGUUCACCAAAUGAUUGGAAAAUUUUUCUUGUCGAUCGUUCAGUAUCAACAUUACCAUCCAUAUCAUAUGAUUUAUUUCAUCAAGAAUCUAUAUUAGAUUUUAUAAAUAUUAAUGAACAAGCACUUGUAUAUCAAGCUUUAUUACACUCAAUAAUAGCACCAACAACUGAAACAAUAAUAUGUAAUUUUAUACAUCCAACUCUGCAAACUUCAAUACCAAUGACACUUGAAAUCAAAUCAUUUUUUGAUACAAUUCCUCAUCAAGCUAAUUUUAUCGAAUUAACAUUUGAAAGUUUAUUUAAUUUUAUAGAUGAAGUACAACAAAACGAUAAAUUAUUGAAAUCAGAUUCAUCAGUAUCAACUCAACAAACAAUUGAAGAACAACUUAAUAAUAAUCUGACAAUUCAAACUACACCUUAUUAUUAUUAUUCAAAUGGAUGGACAACAACCAAUGAACUAUUUUAA